GAAAUCUGAAUGCUCAGAAGCAUGCGCAUUGGGGUUUCGAAGGACUCCCAGACAAGGACAGCCACUGUGCUGCUUUAACUGUAUUGCAUGCUCCCCAGGAGAGAUAACAAAUCAUUCAGAUUCCAGUGAGUGUCUAAAAUGCCGAAGUAAUCAGUGGUCAAAUGAGAAACAAGACACAUGCAUUGACAGAUUUCUUGAGUUCCUGUCAUUUGAAGAACUAUUAGGAGGAACAUUAGCUGGCUCAUCUGUUUUUUGCUCAUUGAUAACAUUCUCUGUAUUAAUGAUAUUCAUUCGAAAUCACAAUACUCCACUUGUAAAAGCUAACAACCAAGAGCUCAGCUACCUUCUGCUGUUCGCUCUUAUCCCAUGUUACCUAAGCUCAUUGCUGUUUAUUGGCUAUCCUACUAGAGAAGUUUGCUUGGUUCGCCAGAGUGCUUUUGGCAUGAGCUUUGUCCUUUCUGUAUCAUGCAUUUUGGCUAAAACUAUCACAGUCAUGAUUGCUUUUAAUGCAACAAAACCAAACAGCAACCUAAAGAAAUGGGUAGGCCAUAGGCUUCCAUACUGUGUUGUAGUUAUUUGUUCUGUCAUUCAGUUUAUAAUAUGUGUUACUUGGUUGUCUAUUUCUUCCCCAUUUCUUGAUAUUGUGAUGCCAAGGAAUACUGGGAAAAUAAUAAUUGAAUGCAAUGAGUGUUCAUUACUUGCUUUUUGGUGCAUGUUGGGAUACAUGGGAUUUCUGGCCUUGGUAAGCUUUGUGGUUGCUUUCUUAGCUAGGAACCUACCUGACAACUUUAACGAAGCCAGACAUAUUACAUUCAGUAUGCUUAUUUUUGUUAGUGUUUGGCUUGUCUUCAUUCCUGCAUAUGUCAGCACAAAAGGAAAAUAUAUGGUUGCUGUUGAGGUAUUUGCUAUAACAUCUUCUAGUGCUGGCAUACUCAGUUGUAUUUUCAUCCCAAAAUGCUAUAUAAUUGUAAUGCACCCUGAAAUGAACACCAGAGAAUACCUUAUGGGUAAACAACAAAUCAGCAGUAGAAUAUAAUGACUAUUUAAGAGAUAAAACAUAAAAUGGAUGAAAAAGUGACAUUUUGGGCUUGAGUCUUUUUUGGCACAGAUGUCCUU